CAUACACCUGCACACAGGCUGAUCCUUUGUGAGAAUAAGCUCUGUGUUGCGAGGGAACAGAAGCUCCCGGCCAGGGUCUCCGGUGGGAGAUUUUCUGUCAGUCCCCUGAGCAUCAGUCUCGAGCUCCUCACCACCAUGGCUUCUGAAGACAACGGUAAAGACCUGAUCUUUGAAGGAUACUUGAAAAAGCAAAAAGAUAAGAUGAAGUUUGCUUGGGCAAAAUACUGGUUUAGGCUCCAAAACACCACAUUAUUUUUCUUCACUGAUAAACAAUGUGAGGCAUGCCAUCUCCGAGGCCAAUACUACAUCUACAUGGUUCAGUCUGUGAGAGAAAUGAAAGACAAGAACCGCGAGUACCCAUUUGAAAUAGUCAUGAAGAAUGGGAAGAGGAAGUUGCUGGCUGCGGAGAGCUCUGACCUGCGCGCCGUGUGGAUGGAGUUCCUGUGGAAGGCCAUGCAGCUUCCGGGGCCUGGGAAGAAGAACUCGGCCUGUACAUGGCACGACAUCCCCCACCUGAUUCAAAGGGCAGCCUCGCUUUGCCAGGAUAAAACCAAGCGGGAAGAUUCCAUGGGAUCACUCAGCUCCACGGACACACAGAGUGAGGGCUACACUUUGGACACUCUACAUCUCACGUCCACCGUGGCUUCCCGCGAGACUUUGUCACCAUCGCCAGACUUUUUAGAUGAAUCAUAUAACAUGUGCUCCAGCAAUGUAACCUCGUCCAGUGAAGGCGGAGAGUCCGUGGACAAUGAAGCCACACCCCCAUCCCAAGAUACUGCAGGACAGAAGGUGGAGACAGAUGUUGCUCCAAGUCUGGUGCCAAAGGCUGCUGACAGAGUGAACUGUCAGAGUGGAAUCUACAAUGUCCCCAAACCAGUGAGUGACAGGUCGAAGAUCACCUCCGCUGUACAGACAUACCACGAUGAACCACUGGCCUCCAGCCCCGAUGUGGGACUAUUAGAGGAAAUCAUCUCAGACUUCAGGAAUUCGACAUCCCACUGGCUGGACCCUGCCGACACACAAAAUGCCUCAAUUCCGUCCUAAACGCUGCUACUGAGCAGCAGGAAGAGGAAAGCCCCGGGCAAGACAUGAGGGCAGCAGCACAAAGAACUUUCCACGUUGUUCCAAUGGCGCGGUGACGCAGCUCGUGUGUCGUUUCAUAAGCUUUGUGAAGCAGUGAAAUGGCAGGAAAUGUCACCUAGGUAAACCACUCGAUGACAAAGUCACUGGAACACUCUCAGGAACACUGCAAAUCAGCACCAUUUACGCAAAGAAUGUUUCACACAAUCUGAGGCACAAAAUUAAUUGCUGAAAGGCAAACGAUGAUAACAUGUUUUAAUUUGCAAUGUAUUUAAGAGCAUGAAGAAUGAGGCAUAUCUCUCCGAGCAAACGAUGGGGAAAUUCUUCAAGGUCUUCCUGGAACAAGAGGUCCCACUCGCACCAUAACAUUCAGAGUAUAAACCCUUCCUUUCUAAAAUAACUUUUUAUUGAAGUCGGGCUGCAAUUUACAACCAAAACUAAUGAACUUUACUUUGUUUCCUUCCCAACUCUCUUUGCUCAUCAGCAAGAACGUACCAGCGCACGUACUAGGAGCAGGUCACCAGUCCCAUUGGGCUCUGCUCAACCAUUCCUGGGUGAUCUUAGCUCCACACUUUCUGCCCAGCCAUAGGAAAUUUUCACCCCUUCGCUUAUCAUGAAUCUCCCUCAGCCUUAAAAAUAUUCAUGGACUCUGCUUCCACUGCCCUCCGAGAGAGCUACAAAGAAUGACAACCCUCUGAGAGUCCGUCUGACAUGGCAACUCCUUUAUUUUUAAACAGCAACUCCUGACUCUCAAUCUUCCCAAAAGGUGGAAACAUUCUCUCCACAACCACCCCGUCAGGGACCCUCAGGAUCUUUUACGUUUCAGUCAAGUGCCUCUCACUCCAGAAGAGUGGAUACAAGACCAGCCUAAGAUCAGUAUGACACCCCAGUAACCAUCUGCUAAGCGGUUGAUAUUAACAGGCUGUUCAUGCAGUUGAUGAGAACCUUGCCCAGUAUCACACCUCCAUUUCCAGCACUGGUCAAUGGAAGGAAGGCUGAUGCACCCCUCUCUCCUGCCCCAAACCCAGGUCAGAGCUAACAGCCACAACUGUAAUGCCUUGUAUUUGUCACCUCUUGUAUCCACUGAGAUCCAUUAAGGAAACCAAGACCAGGUCGGGCUGUAGAAGUAGGACGGUGGUUGCACAAGGAUUGGCUCCAGGUGUUGGUCCCGCUGCGGAAGCAGAUAUCCGGUGGGAGAGUACAACAGGCAGCACUUGCUCCAACACCCACUUAACCCAGGACAAACCUCUACCCCGCACCCUGGUCUCAUUCACCAAACAUGAACACCACCAACAAAAACAGACAGGGAAAGUUCAAACCAGUUCCGCUGAUCUGGAAUUAUCUGGACUUAGGAGUGACUUAUCCAGCUGAGGUUAAAGACAAGCAGAUGAAGGUGACUGCCCCAACCUAACGCUGAAUUUGAGGCAGUGCCUCGUUACUAGGACAAAGGCCAAGAUGUUGCCUGGAGCUUGUUCCUGUCCCCUGCAGUGGUGAGGGGCCACUGAGGGAGUGAUGGACAGGGGACCUGCCCAAUAAACAAUAACUGGCCUUCGACUUCCAAAAGCCCAGUUCAAAUCGAGCAGGAGUCAUAGAGUGGAAGGGUGGCUGCAGAUGGGACAUCACAGACUCCUGCCGUCUACUGAAUAAAACCACACCCAAGGGGGUCUCUGUCCCAGUGGGCACUGGAUGGCGGGUGUGGUGGAUGGAGCUGUUCUCAGCUCACGGGACACAGCGCAGCUUCACUCUACCCCUGACCCAUAGAACUACCAGACCAGGGAGGACUGGUUCACAUCUGGCGCAGUGGGUAGAGCCGCUGCCUCACAGCACCAGAGACCCAGGUUCAAUCCUGACCUCAGUACUGUCUGUGUGGAGUUUGCACGUCCUCCCUGUGAGCGCGUGGGUUUCCCCCAUGUGCUCCAGUUUCCUCCCACAUCCCAAAGACGUGCGGGUCAGUGGGUUAAUUAGCCGCUGUAAAUUGCCCCUCAUUUGGAGGGGAGGGGUAGAAUCUGGGGAGAGUUGAUCAGAGUGUAGGGAAAAUAAAAGAAAUGGGGGAUUAAUGUAGGAUAGUGUGAAUGGAUAGCACCAACU